GUCUUGGUUACCUGAGGUGGUUACACCUAUCUCAGUUGGGUCGUGGUAUCCGCCCUAGGCAGGACGUACAGAGACAAGACAACACACCGUCUUACUCCAACCAUACUUUCUUCUUUCUUGACCAGAUCGCGACUCUCUGAGCUACUGAGAAUCAUCUCAAGAUGGGUGAGUGGAAGAACGGUCUCUUCGGUUGCUUCAACAACUUCGGGAUUUGCAUCAUCACCUACUUCGUGCCCUGUGUGACGGCCGGCCAGAAUGCCGAGAAGGCGGGAGUCGGCGGGUGCGUGCCCUGCGCGAUCGUCUCCAUGCUGGGCUGCAUCGGCAUAUACUUCAUGGCCAAAACCAGGGAAAAGACAAGAGAGCUCAAGGGAAUAGAGGGCAGUUUUAUGAUGGACUGCCUGAUGUCCUGGUUCUGUCCGCUGUGCUCCAUCGUUCAAGUGGCUCAGGAACUGGAGGAUGUGCCAGCAGGCGGCUCCAUGGUCCGCGAAUAACCAGCGACCACCGCAGCAGCCAACGAGAUCUCUGGAGACGACAUUCCCCGCUAACAACCUUCAGGAAACCGUAGUAACAACGUCGUUCUCAGCCUCCAGAAUCCUGUGUGUAUAUUUGAAAACUACAAAGAGAACAGACGUGCAGAAGUGCUAGAUAUAUUGAACGCAUUGUGAUCCCUAGUGUUUUGACCUUCUUCGUGCUGAAGUAGCCAUGUGGCACCAAAUUCUGUCACAGUAUUGGUUUCAUGGUUAGGCAUCAUGAAGACGGUUAAGGUCAUCCCUCAAGAUUUGUAUACAGACACAAGAUAUCAGCCAGUGUCCAUCAUGCAAUAAAAUUUCGUUGGAUUAUCAAUUGUCUGAUGUGAAAUGAAACUUCAUUGCUUAUGAUGGACAAAAAAUAUUGGCUAUUCCAGAAUAUAUCCUGGGUUUGUUAAAACGGUUGGAAAAAAUAUUGGAGCUAGCUUAAAUACUGGCCAGAAAAAUAAAUUGGAGGUUGCAUUUCUUUGAAUUUGAGCCCAAAAAUGCAAAUUACUGGCAGUUUGUUACCGUAUUAUGGACACAUUUUGCCUUCAGAGAAAAGUGGGCAAAACUUAGGGCAAUGCUUGUAAAACACAAGAGGAAAACAAUGUUCAAUAUAUCUACUCGUUAAUGUCUGAUGUGAACAAUUUCAAGAAUUUCCAGUUGUUUUUAGGAAUUAGUUUUAUUUCAUGAAAAAAUUCUUACUGAUAUGCCCCUGAUAUUGUUGAGAUUCUUCCUGUGUCUGACAUCUUGCUAUGCAAAUGAAGGUUUCCAAGUUUGUUGUUCAAGGUAUAGAGAUAGAUUUUGUAAGAUUUAUAAAAAAAAUACGAGUGCUCGAAUAUCAACUGAAAUGACAUAGGAAAGAUACUUUUCCAAAGUGUAAAAUUUCCCAUCCAAAUCUUAAUGAACAAGCUAGUAAGUGAAGACAGUUCUUGUUUUGAUAGUAGACCUGCAAACUAUUUUUCCAUGAUAAAUUUUAAGUUUUGUUGAGUUGUACAAAAAGUGUGAGUUGUGGAGCCACAAAAAGAUCUUUAAUCACGAAUCUUACAAAUAUUAUCUCCUACUACUUGAAUAAUGCAACAUUCAAUUCCUGUUUCACGCUACCAAUAGUUAUAGUUUUUGAAGUGACAAUUUGUCUACAUAUUUUGUUAGGAAGACAGUAAAAUUUUAUUUUUUUGUGCUGAAAAUGCCGCUACAACGAUUCCAGAAUCGUUUGUUUUGAGAAGGCCAUACACAACGUGUUAUCCUUUUUAAAACAAUGGAUUAUCAGAAUCUAAGUAGCCCAAUAAUGAUGCAAACAUACCCAAAAUGAUGACCCCCUUUCCUUGAGUGUGCAACUUGGCCUCGAUAAAUCGUUUCUUGGGUUCUUGAGCUGAAUAGACUAUAAAAACAACUUGGCAUGAUGGUUAACGGUAACAUCAGUAUGUGAUAGGCAUUGGUUGGUCACAACCUGAUACAUAAAUCACUAUGUAUAACCAGGGUUAUUGAGACAGAACUGAUAGUUGCUUGUUUUUUGUUUCUUUGCCAAGAACCAAGUUAUGAUUUGAAUUGGCCCAAAUGCCUUGCAGUAAGGGAUGUAUUUUGUGUACGGAAGUUGAUACAUUUGUCAACGAUGAUGGAAUUUACAGGAGAUAUGUAAAUAUCCUUUUGUUAGUUCCUUGUCAUUGUCAAAAUAAACUUUUUUUCCCCACUCAUUGUUGUAUUAUGCUCUGUUUGUAUAAUAAUCGUUUGGAAAAUUUAAUCAUCCCAUCUCUUGUGUAGGUCAGUGGAAAAAGUCAAUCAUGAUUUUUAUCAAGAUUUAAUAUCUUUACUCUUGUGGUGGUUGUGUGUAACAUGUGCCUUAGAUGUGCUCUGCACUAAGAUAUGAAGCUCUCUGGAUGUACCAUGGAUUCAAGGAAAUGCAAUGUGCCUUAAAACUAGACUCUCCAUGCAAAUGUUGGGCUUCAAGAUCGUAGUGUUUUCUACAUGGGCAAGCAGUCAUCUGCUGUAAAGUAACAUUUGUAGAGGAAGAUCCAGUUACAAAUCAGAAAUUGUUGUACAAGAAUACAUUGGGAAGCUUUCUCUCAAAUGUAUUAUGUCUCUACAAUAUAUGUAAGAAGCUGGCAUUGUAAAAGGGUAACAUGUAGCAAUAGCAGAGGACUCGAUUUACAUGUACAUUUACUUGUGAACAAAUGUACAAUAACUGUUCUAUGAAAGCUUAUAUCUAAGUGCAGAGCUUCUUCUAUGUAGUGUAACAUUUCUUUGUUGCCUCUAUGCUUGGAAUGACCACAUCUACUGAGUUUGAAUAAAACAAUUUCACAUUGACUGAA